UCUCCAUCUCCCUUUCUGCUGCUUGCACCACUGUGGGAAUGCAGCGAAGGUAAACGAAUCGUAGAUGCUUCUCUCUCCCCCCACCUUCUUCCAUCACAAACACCGGAUCUAUCAUCACAGUGACGGACUGCAGACCGACAGCUCUGGAGACAAACGGCUGUCACUCCGGGAAAAUCAGAGUGAGGCGGUCGGCGUAGGAACUGGACCCGGAUCACUUGGAUUUAGCCCGCUAACCCGGACACCACCAACACCGCCCCAUCUCAUUGGCAGAUCACAUCAGAUCCCCUGUGCCCUGCCUCGUUUCAGUUUCGGUGGCUUUCGCCGGCUCUCUCUCUUUACUGGAUUACCGGCAGCUGGAGAGACCAAAAAAAGGGUGGCCGGGCAUGGGGAACUGAGGGCUAUCAAGAGGCAAACUUGAAGUAGCCGAGAAAGACACCUGCAAGAGAAAAGGAAGCUCUUUAAUAUGUAUGAAAGGUAAAAUUAACUCAAAUGAAACCUAAGAGAAUAAAGGAACAAUCGGCGGUUUGUAUUUUAAGGACCUUAUGCGGCCGAUAAUCAGCCACUUGAGAGUAAAGAAGGGUGCUGCCGUAGCCUGGGUUGUUGAUCUACGCACGCACACACGGACAUGGAUUUACAGCUCCGAUCUGAAGCGGAUCGAUAUCCUUUUCUGUUCUUUUUUUUUUACGUCGGCUUUUUUUAACAAAGGAGUGAAGCAUCCUGGGAUUUAUCAUCGCUUCGUUAGCUCUGAACUACAGUGAGGCGCCCCCUUGCUUCGCUCUUUCACCUGUCCAUAACCUGUGUUCUUGUGUGUGUGGUAGACUGUAUAUUCCUGUGCAUAAUAUGUGUGUCUAUGUGUGUGUUUGGUUUGUUGUCCGCCAGAGGGAGUGUAGAUUAUAUUGCUGGUGCAUGCAUUUGAGUGCUCUGCCAGCUUUUAAUUGGUGACUGUGAGUGAUUUGUGUCUGCUUAUGCUUGUGGGUUCUUGUGCAUCAUUUCAUGUUUUAUGUUGCAUAUAGGCUAGGCAUGUGGGUACUUAUUUAAGAUGCCCAGCAUUUCUUCUGCACCACAUCCCUUUCCUCGUAUAUGCCCUUGUAUCAUUUGGCCACCUGUUUGACCUCUGUACAACCUAAGAGACGAAAAACCUCCGGCAGCAGGAUGAGUGAGCGCUCAGGUGCAAGCACUCUAGCAGCCAUGACGCUGGAGGAGCCAGGGGCUGAACAGGCAUCUCCUAGAGCCCCGGGCCCUCUCCGCUGUGGCCCCUGUGCUGUGUGGCCUCGCCAACAGACCUGGCUGUGUGCCGUGCCCCUGGUAAUGGGCUUUGUGGGACUGGGACUCAGUCUCAUGCUGCUGAAAUGGAUUGUGGUGGGAUCUGUCCAAGACUAUGUCCCCACUGAUCUUGUGGAUCCCAAAGGUAGCAUUGGACAGGACCCAAUAUUUCUCUCCAAACCCAGUGCCAUGCCCAAGGGGCCUGACAUUUCCACCGCCAUUACUUCAGCGGCCUCUACCACAGCAAUGGUGUCGACUACCACGCCACUAGCUGCGGAUGGUACCGCCCCAGCGCCAAGAACUCGAUCAGGGCCCCCAGCAAACCACUCAGCCAAUGGCAGCACAGCCAAUGGGCAUGGCAACCGAGCCCCACACCUUCACAACCGGGUUGGCACCCGCAUUAGUGGGACUGUGGUUACCACCUCCACCACUCGCGCCACCCGACUCACCCCGCCCAGUGGUAAGGAGGUCACCCCUCGCAGCACCGUUAGAAAAGGAAGCAGCACUAAUGGACGUAACGGAGCCGCCAACUCAAAGCCAGGACAGACUUCUGCUACCAUCACCACUACAGCAUCCACAACAACAGCUAGUGUGAAGACCACUGCCAAGGUGCAGCCGACCACCUCCCAGCCGGCAGCCCCAGUCAAGCCCACGUCACGCUGGAAUCACGGGCGCCCAGGCAAGGGCCCAGCCACGCGCCCACAUCACCGCUUCCGAACACCAGUGGCCCCCACACUUCCUAGUCUACGUUCAGAGGUCUUCAAGCCAUGUGUGGAAGACAAGGACCUGGCCUUUUGUCUAAAUGAGGGAGAGUGCUCCAUUAUUGAAACUGUGGCUGGGGUUCACAGACACUGCAGGUGUAAGGAAGGCUACCAUGGACUACGCUGUGACCAGUUUGUACCCAAGACAGAUGCUAUCUUGUCAGACCCAACGGAUGAACUUGGGAUCGAGUUCAUGGAGAGUGGUGACACCUACCAGAGGCAGGUGCUGUCCAUCUUCAGCAUUGCCUCAGGGAUCUGUCUUCUUGGAGUGGCAUGUAUGGCUCUCUACCGCCGCAACAAAAGACACAGGGAAAAACUCCAGGCUCAUUUCUCUGAUAGCCGCAGCCUGAGAGACUGCGGUGUCAAUGCCUCUGGCCUCAUGUCAAAAUCUACUCCCAGGCUUCAAUACAGCUUUCAACUCCAAAAGAGCUGUAGUUCUCACAGAACGUCUGUUAAGGGCAGCAGCGUGGCACCAGGGACAUCAGAAGCAGCCCCACCCAUUCUCAGCAGAGCACUGUCUAAAGGGAAACGCUUCAGGAGUAGCUCCCUUUCACUCAGUCCUGCCCAACAACAGAGGGAGACUAACUACUUCAGGACCCCACCCAUUUCCAGGGGGAAACACAAAAUAACGACAAAUCUUAUCGAUGGAUCCAGAGUGGCUGGCCAUGUCUACAAACACUUGCAGGAGGAUGAGUCAAAAGACGUGGAGUCCAUGAGAAGGUGUGAUUUUGCAAGUGGAAGAGUCGGUGCCCUCCUCAGCAGGACCUCACUCUCUCACUUCGCAGCCAGAAAGGGAUGGGCUGAGGUCCCCUGCACCCGCCUGGAUAAGGGAUCCUUCCUUCCACCCUCCUUGCGCACCCGUUCUGUGCCCAUCAUCCCUUCACUCCAAGCGUGUGACCUUGAGGCCGGGAAUGUGGAAACGAGUGACCGGAACCAUAAGGGGCUCCUGAAGUGGCACCCCGUGCUGGCUGGAAAGACAGCGGUGCCUGUUAGCAGUUCUCCCCGCUAUGAGACUGUUGUGCUGGCACCUGGUGUUAUGCCCAGCAGUGUAAGCCCUCCUGCCACUACUACUGUAACACUGGGCUCGGAGGGGAAUCUCAGCUCCACACAAACACCCUGCUUCAUCGAAAUUACAGUGGAACUCGCGCAGGAAUUAAAACAGAAAAGCCUUCCCAGCACCAUGAAAAUGUCUGGGUCUCACAGCGAGAUCCGCCGCGGUGGCACAAACACUCUCGAGGCUGGGACUGUGCAGGAGUCAGGAGGGAAAAGUGUCCAAUAUUCACCCAGAGUUCUGCACACAGGCAGUGGGACCAGAGGUUUGAAGGCAGCAGGCCAAAGAGAUGCCCAGGGACAGUGCCAAGGUCAGACAUCUCUUGUGUACGGAGGUGCAAACUGCUCCUUGGCCACCAAAGGACCCAGCUGCAGAGGAACUGGAAAUGCUUAUGCCAAGCCUUCUGCAAGCUGAUUGGAUUAACUCUGUAAAGCUUCAAAGACACUGUUUCCAAUAUCUGUAUACCUUUGCUGGUGGCACAGGAUGGUUAGCAGGUGGAACCAUCUGUGUGGCCACACGGACCAAUAACAGAUGGCCGUCGGUUUUGAAGGAACAUGAACAGAUUGAACUGCCGAGGGAAAAAAUAUUGACACAAAAGACAUGAAAUACUAAAGAAAAAGAGACAAACAAACACACAUUGUGAAUAAAUGUGACUCAAUAAGGAUAACAAAACCGUGACUGGAGUGGGAGCUUGACUUAAACAGUGUAUUUUUUAAAAAAUGCCACUAUUUAAAAGGAGCUCCUACUUAGAAACCAAAAUAGUGUGUCAUCUCUAUGUUGUUUCUCUAUUGUAAAGAAAUGAAAUUAUAUAUGUCAUAUAAUAUAUGUCAUAUAGACGUAUAUAUAUUUGACUACAAUUGUGACAAAAUAAAGA